AUGACAAGGUUAAUAUUAGAACCAGGAUCUUUAUCAAGUCUAUAUCCUGAUGCAUCAGUUUCACAAAAUUAUCGAGUUCGAAUAAUAGCACAGGUAUUGGAAUAUCAUCCAGACAACGCGACACUAACGCUCAUACAAGUACCUACAUUAAACUCAAGCGACUCUUCCACUAUAACAAUAAACAUUUUUGAGCAAUUGGGUGAUAUAUCAGGCGAUGUAAUUAGAAAAGGAACAGUUGUUAAUCUUGAAGGAUUUUAUGAUGGUAAUACCGUGAUUGUUAUUGAUAUUUAUCCUAUAAAUGGAGCACAUCUAAAUGUGGAAAAUUUGGAAACGAUACAAAGUUUGAAUAAUUUACCUAGCUUCUACCAUGAUUCGGGACUGAGGCCUAAUGCUAGGUAG